GCCACCGUGUCUCUAGCUAGCUUCUGUGUUUACGUUGGUUGUGAGCUAUCAAGCCUGAGUCCACUUUGCGUUUUACUGUUUACAUUUAUUUUCCUUCAAUGGUCAUUAUAUGAAACCUCCAAUCUGGAUCGCGGCGGUAGCAACAGGAAGAAGAUAGAGGAAUUCUCUAGGUCUUCUCGUGAUAAACUGGUCCAGUCAAAGAACAAAAUGUUCUCAAAAUUUACAUCGAUUCUACAGCACGCAGUCGAGGCGCUUGCACCUUCACUGCCCUUGCAAGAGGACUUUGUGUAUCACUGGAAAGCCAUCACACAUUACUACAUAGAGACAUCGGAUGACAAAGCCCCCGUGACAGACACCAACAUCCCGUCCCAUCUGGAGCAAAUGCUGGACAUCCUGACACAGGAGGAGUCAGAGAGAGAGUCUGGAGAGACUGGGCCCUGCAUGGAGUACCUGCUGCACCACAAGAUCCUAGAGACCCUCUACACUCUGGGCAAGGCAGAUUGUCCUCCGGGAAUGAAGCAACAGGUUCUGAGUUUCUACACCAAGCUGCUAGGACGCAUUCGCCAGCCUCUUCUGCCACACAUCAAUGUCCAUAGACCUGUACUGAAACUAAUCCGUCUGUGUGGAGAGAUCCUGGCUGCUCCCACGGAGAACGAGGAGAUCCAGUUCCUCUGUAUCGUCUGUGCCAAACUGAAGCAGGACCCCUACCUUGUUAACUUCUUCCUGGAGAAUAAAGUGAAGAGUCCUGACCCAAAGAGUCCCGGUGCAAAGGGGGUCAGAGAGGAUUUGGCUUCACCAGACACAGGUCAGCCCCAGGCAGAGGAACAGGCAGCUGAACCACCUGAUGAGCCCAACGCUGCUGCUGACCAGUCCAACAACAACAACAUCAACAACUACAACAUAGUCAGGUCUCUCCUGAACCUCACCAAGAGCCCGGAUGGCAGGAUAGUGGUGAAGGCUUGCGAGGGCCUCAUGCUGCUGGUCAGUCUGCCUGAGCCGGCCGCGGCCAAGUGUCUGAUGGAGAACACCGAGCUCUGUGAGCUCCUUACUGACAGACUGUCAGCCUUCUACAAGGCUCUCCCCACGUCCAUUGAUCCGCUGGACAUUGAGACAGUGGAGUCUGUCAACUGGGGACUGGAUGUGUAUAACAUGAAGGAUGAUGCUGCCAUCUUCACUGGGAAGCGAGCACUCAUCUCCUUCCUAUCUUGGCUCGAUUACUGCGACCAGCUCAUCAAAGAGGCACAGAAGACGGCAGCUGCAGUGUUGGCUAAAGCAGUGAGAAAGAGGUUCUUUGUGACGGUCAUGGAGCCCCAGCUGAUGCAGACGUCGGAGGUGGGCAUCCUGACCUCCACAGCUCUGCUGAAUAGGAUCAUCCGCCAGGUGACCUCAGAGGCCCUGCUGCAGGAGAUGGUCUACUUCCUGCUGGGGGAGGAGAAGGGACCAGAGACCCUCGCCACCAUUGCCCAGAACCCCCUCCGACACAGACUCAUCGAGCACUGUGACCACCUGUCAGACGAGAUCAGCAUCAUGACCUUGCGGUUGUUUGAGCACCUGAUCCAGAAGCCCAACCAGCACAUCCUCCACAGCCUGGUGCUACGCAGCCUGGAGGAGAGGAACUACCUGGAGAACAAGCCCCAGGAGGAGAAGGAACCCCUGGAGAAUGGCCAGCCCCACGACACUGUAGACCUUGAAGAGGACCCUUUGUUCGGUGACGACCUCUCUGCCAACAACAGGUUGUCCAGCCCUGAUUGGUUGAGGAACUCCUCAACACAUAGCCCCGACCAUGCUAAGCCUGAUGGGAAGACUGAGGUCCACAAGAUUGUAAACAGUUUCCUGUGUUUGGUGCCUGAUGAGGCCAAAUCCUCAUCUCAUGUGGAGGGAACUGGUUAUGACACCUACCUAAGAGACGCACACAGACAGUUCAGGGACUACUGUGGGGUCUGUCAGAGAUGGGACUGGCGCGGCACACCCAAGGCCCUAGAUAAGUGUAACCUGGACAGUCCCUUCUUCGAGGGCCACUUCCUCAAAGUCCUCUUCGACAGGAUGGGCCGUAUUUUGGAUCAGCCUUAUGAUGUGAACCUGCAGGUGACGUCAGUGCUGUCCAAGCUGUCUCUGUUACCCCACCCACACAUGCAUGAGUCCCUGCUGGAUCCCUACAUCAACCUGGGCCCCGGCUGCAGGUCCCUCUUCUCCGUCAUUGUCAGGGUGGUUGGGGACCUCAUGUUGAGGAUUCAGCGCAUCCCAGACUUCACACCCAAACUCCUGCUGGUGAGAAAGAGACUGCUUGGCUUGGAACCAGAGGGCUUGAACAUCGACCACAUGACCCUGCUGGAGGGGGUGAUCGUACUGGAGGAGUUCUGCAAGGAGCUGGCUGCCAUUGCCUUUGUCAAGUUCCACGCAUCUGUCUCCAGCUCACCCUAACCCAGCUGCCAAGGCCAGGCAGGCAGGCCAGGACUGGACUCUCGGAGGGGAACAGGAUGGCAAAGGACAGGAUCAACAAACCACUGGUUACCUACCACUGGUCAUCCCUAUAUAGAUUUUGCCCCAAGGACAUACUGUAAGCAGGACACGUUUCAUCAAAUGUCUCGGGGCUCCACCACAGAGAAAGUAUUUUGCCCCUGCCCUACCCAGUACAGAAAAGAACAGUAUGACUGGCCACCGGGGAAGGGACUAGUGUCUUCCUCUCAGGGUGAGGAAGAGGAUGUGUGGAUGGAUGCGGAAGAGAGGGGACAUUCGCUGGACGGUUUGAGCUGGGCUGGGCAGGGCCUGCGGAGUCCCUUCAUGCUCUCUCUCUUCCUUUCUCUCUCUCCGUCUUUAUCUUUCUUGCCAGCCAAAACAAGAUGGUAGCCCCUUCACUAUGUGUGUCAUAGAGCGAGAGAAAAGGUUUAUUGCGUAUUUGUGCGUGUAUUUAUUUCUGGAUUUCAGACUGCUGUUUGUAAGUGGCAAUGCCUUAGUGUUGGAUUAUUACGCCUUUUCAGUUACACUUUUAGGGGAUUGUUUCCUAUUGAAACAUUUUAUCAUGUCUAAUAUAUUCAUUUUCUGUCAGAUUAUAAAUGUCUCAAAAAGUCUGGGGAAAAUAUAGACAAAUUAGCCCUUCUAUUGUUUACCAAAAUCAGGUAAUUCGCUCGAUUUGUUUGAAAACAAGACAUACAAUACAAUUAAAAAGUUGUAUUUAUUUAACUUCAUUUUGUGAUGGAGAAGUUUAACUGUAGUAUCUGAGAUACUAGAGUCGCUGUGGCAGAAAUGGCCCCCAUAUUUAUUCUCACCAUUUUGCUUUCAGGUUGCCUUUUUAACUGAUACGUAUUUGUAAUGAGAAAAAAAAAGUUUUUAAACCAAGUGAAUAUAAUUCCCAUUAUAUGGACUAACAGGAGAGACGAGCUCAUAAUGCUUUGUUUGCAACAAAUCCAUAAAGUUUUGAAUUACCAUGACUUGUAAACUUAACUGUGGAGAUGUGUUAGUGUUACCAUUGCUUAGGCUACCUACCUAUCCAUGUUAGUUGUUGUGCGUAUUUCUUAUUGCUUGCACCUUCAACCUCACUAGCAAUGGGGUAACGUUAGAGUAAUGUGGCUUCACAUUUUGUAGAAUGUGGAUCCUGAAAUGACAAAUUCUGUGGAUUUGCACAUGGACCUAUAUAUAAAUAAAUAAACUGGGUGGUUCGAGCCCUGAAUGCUGAUUGGCUGACAGCCGUGGUAUAUCAGACCAU